AUGGCAACAGUGCACUCAUCCGUUCUGGGACACACUCCUCUCUUUGUCCUACAAUAAAAAAUGUUGCUGUGCCUAUCUGUUCGGGGUGAAGAAGAAGACAGGAAUGUGGGGGAUACCCUCCCCUCUGAUGAAAGAGUCUAUUUCACUACCCCAAGACAUACACGCCAUCCUACUUAAACUACAGGACGGAGAAGAGAAGUCCAGUUGGGGAAAGAGCAAGAGACCGAUAAGACUAGUGGUACUGAAGAAUCUUGGUGACAGUGACUAUUUCUGAGGACAAAAUGUUGGAUAACUCCUCCAAUCUGGGAUGGGUGGAUCCGUGUGUCCAAGAAACAUGGUUGGAGAAUGCCCUGUUGUCUGUAUGCUAUGUGCUGGGCCUAUUUGUAGGAGGUCUAGGAAACAUUGUCGCCCUGUCACUCUUCAUGCGAGACCGCCAGCCUAAGUCACCCUCUGACAUCUUUCUCCUUCACCUCGCCUUAUCAGAUCUCUUCCUAUUGCUCAGCUUACCUACUCGGCUCUUCUAUCACCUGUCUGGAAAUAGCUGGCCCUUUGGUUCAUUGGCAUGUAGGCUGUCUUGUUUUGUCUUCUACCUCAAUAUGUAUGCCAGUCUUUACUUCUUGGCUGGUAUAAGCAUUGAUAGGUAUCUGGCUAUUGUGCAUCCACUUAACUCAGUCAAGUUCCGAAAACCAUUACAUGCUCAUUUGACUUGUGGUUUUUUGUGGGCUAUUGUAGCAUUUGCUACGGCACCGCUACUGUUAGGCCGGGCAUCAGCAACAGAAGAAACUGUUUGUCGGUUGCUUUAUCGUGAAACACCAUCCUUGCGGGCAUUGUCAUCACUCAGUGCAGCAUUUGCCAUCCCAUUCUUGGCCACAGUCACUUGCUAUGGACUUAUAUUGAGGCGACUUCGGAAAGGAGGUGAUAGGAGACCCAAGGAGCGUGCUGUGAAGAUGGUGCUCUUGGUUCUUACUAUUUUUCUGAUCUGCUUUGUUCCAUACCAUCUUAGUCGGGCACUUUAUCAUGUCCUGAUGCCAGGAGGUGAAAGUGCGGCUAUGCUUUCUCCCUGUGACUUAAGACAAGGCUUAGCUUUAGCAAACCGCUUUACCUCUUGCCUCAGCACCCUAAAUGCUGCCCUAGACCCACUUGUCUAUUUCUUUGCUGUCAAGAAAUUCCGUCAGAUUCUCCUUCAUUUGCCAUGUAAAAAUAAUGGAGCAGACAAUGUGAAAAAUCGUGAGGAAGGCAAAACAGAGGACAGUUCUCUGAGUGCCAAGACAGAUGUGUAAAUGGAAGCUGUUUCAGAGUUUUAAAGCUGAAGAUACUUAUGAAGCAGCAGCGCCAAUGGAGUAAAUCUGGGUGCAAGAAAAAAAAAAAAAAGCAGCUAUGUCUUUGGAAUUUGCUAUGAAAAAAACAAAGAACAAGGCUCAAGUAAUAAUCUUUCGGACUUUCAAACACAGUCUGCAUUCAUAAGCUCUGCAGACAGUACAUGUAUUUAUGUAUUUACUAUGUCAUAAAAAAACGUAGAUUG